AUGGACUUCUGCCCGGCGUGCGGGAUGCUGCUGCAGAUCCAGCCGGCCACCGGCGGCCACCGCCUGCGCCUCUUCUGCCCCACCUGCCCGUACGUCUGCCCCAUCAAAAACAAGAUCGUGAAGAAGGCGAGGCUGGUCAAGAGGGAGGUGGAGUCCGCGGAAUCUGCCCCCAAGACUGACGGUGAGCCCAAGGAAUCGGUCCCCAAGACUGACGGUGAGCCCAAGGCCGAGGGUCAGCUCAAGCAAUCUGCCCCCAAGACUGAGGAAAAAGGAAGAUGA